AUGUCAUCAGGACUCGUGGAGGACCUCUCCCAGGACAGUCCCGUGGUGGGCUUGCUAAAAGUCGACUACGGUAAUAAGGCUACGGUAGUGAUUAACGGCUCCCUGACGCCAUUCGAGACAUCAAGAGCUCCGAAGUCGGUAGCCCUGGAUGGUGGCACCGAGUGCGCGCCGCCCUUCGCCCUCAUCAUGGUGGACACCGACCGUUCCAGCGGCUGGGGUGCGAUGCAACGCAGCUGGUUGCACUGGAUGGUGAUCAACGCCAAGAGCACGUUGGAACUGCACAAGGGCGAACAGGUGGUGCAGUAUGAAGGACCCUCUCCGCAUCCAGGAACGCGGCCUCAUCGAUACCUGUUUCUGGCCUACUGUCAGGGUGGCAAAACCUUGAACGGUGCUAAACUAAGGCCAGCGCGCAGAAACGACUUCGACAUGCACGACUUUCUGAGGAAACUGGGUAGUUCGGUACUCCUUGGGACCACCUUCUUUUACGUCGAUAGCGCCGCAAAUACAAAGAACAGUCCUCCGACGUAG